AGUUCUCCUGCGGUGUGCAACGUGUUCGAUCUAAUUUUCCUGUUUGUUGUACGUAUACGCGUGGGAGUGCCCUGUUGGCGUGAUUCAAGUGCCGCGCCUGAGAAUCUUUAGAUUUUAUAGGAUUCCUUUACGGCAUAGAAAUUCGCUGAUAACAAUGACGAGAACCGGGGAUCUCGGCUGGAUAAGCACAGCUGUUUAGUGACGUCACUCACUGCCGAUGUUUGGCUCGUACGUGGCUUGUGUUGCACUUGUGCCGGUAAUCGCAUAAUCUUCGCGGUUGCCGAGGCGACAAUCUGCGAUGUAUACUCUGCGAACUGUCUAGGUUCUAGUCUGAAGCACGCGGAAGGGCCCAUGCAUUUGAAGUGAACCGUGUCAACCGAAGUGAUAAUCCCAAGCUCUGUUUGGGUGAAAACUGCUAUGAUAUUUGUCGACGAGACAGAUCCAGAUGAAGUGUCGGACCAAGGCUUCGAGCCUAGGAGCGUGACCUUAAAGAAAAACAAGGAUGUCAAAUCGGAGUACAACCUGAAGGAAGAACUUGGCCGAGGCAAGUUUGGCACUGUGUACAGAUGCGAGGAAAAAAAGACCGGUCGCAUUCUGGCGGCCAAGUUCAUCCAGACGUCAAGGCCCGAUGACCGCGCCGACGUGGAACGGGAGGUGGAGAUCAUGCGAAUGCUUCAACAUCCUCGGCUUUUGCAACUCUACGACGCCUUUGACGACUCUAAGAAACAGAUGAUUCUCAUCCUAGAACUCAUUGAAGGUGGUGAACUCUUUGAGAGAGUGAUCGACGAUGACUUUGUCCUCACCGAGAAAGCCUGCGCGAUUUUCGUGAGGCAAAUUUGUGAAGGCAUCGAUUAUAUGCACUCCAAGAAUGUGCUUCACCUCGAUAUGAAACCAGAAAACGUCCUGUGCACGUCGCGCACCGGCAACCGCAUCAAGCUCAUCGACUUUGGCCUGGCGCGCUUCUACGAACCGGACAAGAAACUGCAGGUUCUCUUCGGCACCCCGGAGUUCGUGGCUCCAGAGGUGGUGAACUUCGAGAUGGUCGGAUACCAGACGGACAUGUGGAGCGUCGGGGUGAUCACCUAUGUCCUGCUUUCUGGGCUUUCGCCUUUUAUGGGCAACAGCGAACUGGAAACCAUGGCGAACGUCACGAGAGCAGAGUAUGAUUUCGACGACGAGAGCUUUGAAAAGAUUUCCGACGACGCAAAGGACUUCAUCGCAGUGCUCCUAGUCAAGGAAAAAGACGAACGUCCAACGGCUUCUGAGUGCCUUAACCACAUAUGGCUUCGGAAAGAUAAGAGGGCAGAUAACCAACAACUCGACAAGAAGAAGCUAAAACGCUUCGUCAUCCGUAGGAGGUGGCAAAAAAUCAUCAACGCCAUACUGGCCUUGAGACGCAUGGGAGCGACGAUCUCACCACCGUCACCCUAAUUUCCUCGAUGAGUCCGAUGUUCCAAGACCCGCCAUGUGUUCUUGUCUUUCACCCGGCCUGAACUUCGAGGAGUGAAGAACGACAACAUCAUCACCCAAAGAUCCAUUUGUUUUUUGUUGGCCCUUCCGUUUUUUUUUCUAUAAAAUUCUAGAGGACCGCCAGAAUAAAUACCUAUCGAGUGCUGUAGACACCUGUAGUGCCAGCGUAGGACAAAAUUAUUAAAGAAACGGACCGUCUGAAGGGUCACCACCUUGCAAACUGAUUUUAAUAUAUAGUUUAUAAUAGGUCUUCAGGGAAAGUACGUAUUACAGAAAUAGGUUAAUAUAGUUUGUGUCGAUGUGACCUUGAAUUGAAGUAUUUAAAUGGAGAAAUAACGGAGACAUUCAUCGUCCCACUUUGACUUCAUUAUUAUAUAGUUAUUGUAUUCACAAUUUGACAUCUAUUACUCAGCUGUAGCUCUUAAAUUUGGCAAAUGAAAAAGUGUAGGUGACAACAAAGAGCGUAAUGGCGACAACUAAGGUGUCUGUAAAGAACCGCUGUUUGUAUGCGCACCCCAGAGGAAAACAAUGUGCUGAAACAAACAUAAUUCGAAAAAAUAUUUCGCCUUACAUGUAAAUCUUACUGCAAGAAUGAUUAGAGGCUUUCCACUGUGUAUCCUUGUUUUUUAGGCUCUCAAACUUUAAAUGUGGACUGUUGAAGAGGAUUGUUCUUCUUGGACGUCAUUGAAGGCGCUUUGUUGGAUAUAUUUUGUUGGAAUUUUCACAAGCCGGAACCAACUCCCGGUGUUUUGUUUUUCGAUCUUCGUGUUAUGUACAUAAUUAUUUUCUGUUGUUCACAACCUCCCUGUUUAUAUAUUUACAAAUAUAUAAAUAUAUUUCUUCCCUCCA